AUGAAUAGUGAAGAGAAUCCUCCAAAAUACACUAAUAGAGGAAUACGUCCAGAAAAUUAUAGGAAAGCGAAGCAUUGGGUCGGUGUAAGUGGCGGGAUCACGAAAGACUUCUCAAGAGCAAAAUCCGUCCUUCUUUUAGGAUGUUACAAGGCACGACUUUCUCCAGAAGCACCUUCACUGCAUCGGCAGGACAGAUCCGAGAACCGAUCUUUCUUCUUCACACUAAGGUUGUCAGCUGUGGAUAGUGUGUCAGCUAUCACGAUAGGUCUCAUCACCGUCGCAAGCGAUCAAUCCGUGUGCGAUCUUCGCGCGUGUGAUCCAAGUGCAGGCCAGAAAAAAGCGCAUCUUGACCAGAUAUGCGCAUCAUCACCUUCCACCGCGGCGCAUAAAAAGGGAAAAACGGACGACCGAACAAAGUUAUUUGACCUCUUGGUGUGUUCCUCCUGGUGUUGGAGACCUCGUGCUCUUCGAGAUCGUCCGGAACGUCUGGGACGAAAUGGAGUUCGAGAGCGGGCUGUUAGCGUGUUCACUUUUGGAAAGUGUACCGCCGAGGCGGCCGAGUUAAAAGUAAAAAUAGUCGGCGACCCCCUCCUUCGGGCUACGGCCCCUUCCCGUCGGGUCCUUUCGAAUCUCCCGCCUCUUCUUGGCGGGCCCGCGAAAAUCCCACACGUCUCUCUUGUUUGCACAGGUGACAUAUGA